AUGUUUUUAUGGCCAAUCAGGUUAUUACUAAUAUCAACAGUCAUUGGAUUUAGACUCUAUAAUUUUUAUAAAUAUUUCACUAGUUAAUAUGGAUAUGAAUAAGAACUUUGUCCUGAUUUGCAUACGCAUGUAUUCGAUAUGCAUCCACAUAAAUGUGUCUGUAAAAUUAUAAAAGUAAUUUAGCAUAUGCUUCAAUUUGUCAAGGCGUGACUGAAAUAGAAGUAAAAAUCGCAGUAAAUGGCUCUUAAUAUUUAUGCCAUCCAAGAUUUUAACCUUGGGGAGCAGGAUCCCCAUAAAAAGACUUAUAUGCUAUUCAUUGUGGAUAUGAUGGUGGUGAUUAGUUGGUUAUGGAAAUGUUAUCUGAUGGACAUUAUAAAUAUUAUUGUAAAUGUAAGAAUACUUGUUUAAUUGAUUAGCAUUCACUGAUGAUAUCAAUAGAAGAUGUUUGAUUACUGCUCUUUAGUAAGGUUUAUAUAGAUGUCAAUUUUGUAAGUAUCCUUUCCUAGGUUAUUUAUGCAAAUUUAAGGAUUCGACUGAUUUUGAUGAAAGAUAUACAAAUCCUCCUAUAUGUAAAAAAUCUAUUAAUUUAAGUGUGCAAAGCUAUAUAUUGUGCAGAAUGUGAUUAACUUGAAGCUUGUUCUAAAUGUCCUUAUGGUUACUCAUUAAUUGGUGCUCAUUGCUCUUGUAAGGACUUGCUUUUUAAUAUUUUAGUUUGCGAUGGAUUUACAUCAUGUAUAUGGAAUGGCACUCACAAUAUUUAUAAUUAAGAAUGCAUAGAUGGAUUUAGUUUACGUGAUAAUAAAUGCAUGUGUACUUAUGAAAAAUAUACUCUAGAUUGUAUGUAAUGUAAAAGUUGCGUGAAUACAAGUUGUGAUUCUUGUUACAACUAUUAAUUUAGAGUCCUUAAAUAUUGGGGCAGCUAAGAAGAAUAUGCUUGUGCUUAUGACGUCAGCAGCGCUUGUGAUUUUAGUAGAUAAUCAAUAAGUGAACCCUAUCUACCAAUCAACACUAUUAAUACAGAAUUAAAAUAUUACAAUAUAACAUGCAGUCUAUGUGACCCUGGAUAUUUUCCUGUCAGUAAUGGAUGUGAAUGUAAGAAUUAAUUAUCAAUUAUUUAGUAGUUUCAGCCAAAUUUAAAAACUGUUUUAUGUUAAAUUUAAAUGGAGAUACUUGUUAAGCUUGUCUUAAAUAAUAUGCAUUACAUUCAGAUGGUACAUGUUAACUCAUGUAAUUGGGUGGAAGUUCAAAUUGCCAAACCUUUUUGGAUAUAAAUCCAUAAUUUUGUACUACCUGUGAUGCUACAAAAAUACUAAUUUAAGAGAGUGGUAUUUGCAUUUGUAAGCCUACAUAUGGCUUUUAAGUUGAUAUUUGCAUUCCUUGUACAGAUGGUUUUUGUUAAGAAUGUGACCAAUCCGACUUUUAUUCAUGUAUUUCAUGUAAACCAGGAUCUAAUAGAAUUUUAAUGGACUAGAGAUGCAUUUGUUAACCUGGCUCAUACGAUCCUGAGAAUGAAGAUUAGAUUUGCAUCAGUAAAUAAAUAAAUAAAAUUUAAGUUUGUGAUUAAUCUUGUCCUACUUGUUUUGGCCCAUCAAAUUAAGAAUGUAUUGAAUGUUUAGAUGAAAGUAUUUCCAAUAGAAUACAAAUUGGUGAUUCUUGUCCAUGUAAAACUGGAUAUGCUGAAUACGAAAUAAUAGAAUCUAAAUGUGGAAGUAUUAGUUCUAAUUAAAUUUAGAAUGUCAUCCAAGAUGUAAUACUUGUUUCUAAGCAGCUGAUGAAACUACAAACCAAUAUUGUCUAACAUGUAAACCUGGAUAAAAUCGUGUUGUAUCAGAUAAUUUCAAUUGUAAUUGCUUGGAAAAUUAUGGAGAUUAUUAUGGCACUAAAGAUGUUUGUUUCGGUACUUUUAAUUAAUAAUUAAUAGUUUGUGAUUAUACUUGUGGAACUUGUGAUGAUUUUGGUCCAACACAUUGUAUUGAAUGUUUAGAAAGCUCUAAUAGAUACUUAACUUCCUCAGGAGAAUGCAUAUGUAAAACUUCAUAUUUUGAUGAUGAAACAGAUAAUAUAGAAUGUUCAAGUAAUAAUAAAUUAAAUAUAAAUAAUAGAAUGCCAUUACUCAUGUAUACUAUGUGCAAACAGUAUUUAGAAAGAUGCAUGUUAAUAAUGUCCAUUAACUAGAGAACCUAGUGAUCCGUUAGCUACUUAAUUUGAAUGCAAUUGUUCAUCUUCAAAUCUUUUUGAUGAUGGAUUUUCACAAGAAUGUCUAUAAUGUGAUUAUACUUGUUAAACUUGCAAUGGUCCUCUUUCUUCUAAUUGUCUAACAUGUGAUUCAACCUAUAGAUAACUAGAUUUAUCAUCUUGUGUAUGUUUAAAUGGAUAUUAUGAUAUUGGAUAAUUAUAAUGUGAAAGUAAUUAAAAAUUAAUUAUCAAUAGAAUGUCACUAUUCUUGUCAUUAAUGUUUUGAUAAUACUGUAGAAGGUUGUAUUGCUUGUUCUUUGGAUCUUCAUUAGAGAGUUUAAAAAGGUAAUAUUUGUAAAUGCAUUGAUGGAUAUUAUGAAGAGCCUGGAAUAGCUUUGUGUAAACGUAAUUAUUCUAAUUACUAAUAAUUUAUUAGAAUGUUCAUAUAAAUGUUAGACAUGUGAAACCCAAUCAGAAUAAUGUUUGAGUUGUCCAUUAAAUUCUUUACGUGUCCUUGAUUCUAUAAAGGGUUGUUAUUGUUUAGGAGAAUAUUAUGAAAAAGAAAAUGAAAUAGCUUGUUAAAGUAAGAUUUAAAUAUCAAUAAAGAAUGUCAUUUCAAAUGCAAAUCCUGUAAUGGUUAGAAUGAAAAUAAUUGUCUCUCUUGUGAUUCUGUUGCAAAUAGGGAAUUAAAAGGGAAUGAAUGCAAAUGCUAAAUACAUUACUUUGAAAUGGAAGUUUAGGAAUGCACUAGUAAUUAUUAAAUAUAAAAGUAGUUUGCAGUGCAUUCUGUUAUGAAUGUAUUAAUAAUUUUGAAAAUUGUACAUCAUGCAAUAAUGAUAGAUUUUUAGUUGGAAGUACAUGCAAAUGUAUUACUAAAUUUAAUGGAGCUGCAAUAAGUACAUUUGAUUAUAAUGGAAUGGUUAAAUGUUAAAGUAUAUUAUUAAAUUAUCAUUAGAAUGUCAUCAUUCAUGUGGAACAUGUGGAGGAAUUGAAGAACUAGAUUGCAUUAAUUGUAUAGAUACAGAUCACAGAUAUUAAAUAGGAACUACAUGUCUUUGUAAUGAAGGAUAUUAUGAUGCAGGAUUGCCUGUUUGUGAAAGUAAUAAUAAAUUUUUAUAAAUAGAAUGCAGUUAUAAAUGUAAAGGAUGCCAAAAACAAUCUGAAAGCUGCGUUUCUUGUCCAGAUAACAGCUUUAGAUAAUUUGUUUCAGGUUUUAAUAGAUGCCAAUGUAUCUAAAGAUAUUAUGAUGAUGGAUAAAACGAAGUUUGUUAAAGUAAUUAUAGUUUUUAUUAUUUUAAAGAAUGUCAUUAUUCAUGUCUGAGAUGUAAUGAUAUAGAAACUAAAUGUGAAUUAUGUUCAAUUGAAUCAAAUAGAAUUUAUAAUGAUCAACUUUUUACUUGUGAUUGUAAUAUUGGAUAUUAUGAUAUUGGAAUUGAAAAUUGUUAAAAAUGUCACUAUUCUUGUUUAAGUUGUAAUUCUGGAGAUUUUAAUUCUUGUAUUUCAUGUGUACCUAUGAAUAAUUCAAAUAGAGUACUNUGUAAAACCCUCUUAUUUUGGAUAUGA